UUAAAGUAAUCUCUCUAAACCCUUCCCUCUUUCAUUUUUUGUUUAAAUCAAUGCGCAAAAGUUUUAAUCAUUUCUUUCUUAUUUUUUUAUUUUAUUUAUUAUUAUGGAUGACUAAUUAUAAUGAGGCUAAUGAAAGGACGAGAAAAGCUGAUAAAUUAAUUGUUGACAAAAUUAAACAAUUAAUUAAUGAAAAAGUUGAGAGGUAUUUUUUAAAGGUCCACCCCUUAGGGCAGCACAUAGGAGGUCAACUUCCUGUUGGUUUUGACCCCAAAUAUUUGGGCGGGGGACUCAAAAUACGUUUCCGACUUGUGUCCCUUACUCUCCAUAAUCCCCUUUCUUAG